AUGGAGGGGGUACUACGAUUCUGGCCGAAAACAAAUUCGAACAAAGAAGUUCUGUUCCUGAACGAAUUGAAAGCCUGUUUGGAGUGCGCCAGUUCCAGCGAAUUUCAAAUAGUUGCCCAGCUCGUAUUCACUCAAAUUGCCCGAUGCAUCGAAUCACUUCAUUUUCAGGUAGCCGAACGAGCAUUGUUCCUGUGGAACGAUGAGUACAUUCUAGCCCUGAUGGCAGAAAAUCUCGAACUGGUUUGCCCAAUCGUUUUUCCUGCACUGAACGAGGCAAAAAAUCACUGGAAUAAGGCAGCCGAUGAUGCACGUCGGAGACGAGAAAAUUGGAAAAAGUUGGAAAGCGCUGUUCAGCAAGGUCGCUUCGGCGCUACUCAAGGUACAGUGAAAUCCAACGUAUCAGAGUUAAUGCCCCAAUCGGGUUCCUGUCGUCGAAUGUGGACCCAACCAAACUUCAGUCCGGCAACUGUGGGAUCUGAUCCAACCGCUCAGACACGAGUCAUCUCAAAACCGGACGAACCUUCAAGUGCCGGAUGGACUCCGUCUGUGAGACAACCAGUAAGACCAUGGCGGUCUACCGACUCAACCAAUCCAGUUCCGGCGUUAAACAAAGUUAUCAGUAGCAUCGAUUCAACCGAUGAUAGAGAAAACAAGAAGUUGGUCGCUGCCAACUUCGUUACUAUUACGACGGAGUCCGUGAGCACAACAUCGGUGCUGAAUAGCGCAACUACUACGACCACUACAACUGACAGUGUGUCCAUCCUGAAGUCGUUCUACAGCACCCCAUUUAAAACGGUCCCUAUCAUUUCUCCCAGACCGGUUGCAGCUACUACGACCGUUCCAGCAUUGCUUACUGGCACGUCAAACGCACCGAAGACGUUGGUGACGAGUCCAAAAGCACUUGGCGAUUCUGUUUCAAACGAACCGUCAUCUAUUCCCACGGAAUGUAGAAUAACAGUGCUGAUAAUCAGUCCCAGUGUGCCUUUUGAUGACGCUUUCUGGAUAGCCGUUUUCCUUAAACGUGUUGCCUAUCAGAUGCUUGUUCGCGGAGCAAAUUUGUCCGUCAAAUCCAAAGAUCCGACUCCAAAACAGAACACGAUCGUGCGACGAUCGAAUCGCCGAAGCCCUGAAUCCGGUGCACCCAAAGUUAGUCAAUCGGGAGCAAAACGAACCAAUCGCGGAAGCAUGUGA